AGCCCUCCUCAUCGGGGCUGAUACACGGCCAUGAGCCUCCACUGACGAAAACCACAAAAAGCUUCAAAAAAGCUACAACGGGAAAAAGAGAGCAUUGUCCCGCAGUCAGCAGGCCACCAGCUCGUCAGCCCCGGGCACCUGGCCUUCUGCGAGCAUGCGGGCGCUGCAGGCCAGGCUUCUGCUUCUCCUGCUCCUGUCCGCGCCUCUGACCCAGCCGGCACCUCCAGCUCAGCAGGACCCACGCAUCACCUAUCACUAUGGGACAGAUUAUUCUGAAGAAACCUUGUUUAGUCAAGAUUCUGAGGACAAAUAUCUGGAUGGAAAAAAUACUAAGGAAAAAGAAACUACAAUACUACACAAUGAGAAAAGUGUUCAGUUACCAAGAGACGAGAGUGUAACACUACCACCCCCCAAAAAAGAAAGUGACGAAAUGCCCACGUGCCUGCUGUGUGUGUGUCUAAGUGGCUCCGUGUACUGUGAAGAGGUCGACAUUGAUGCUGUGCCGCCCCUGCCAAAGGAGUCAUCCUAUCUCUACGCACGAUUCAACAAGAUUAAAAAGCUGACGGCCAAAGAUUUUGCAGAUAUACCUAACUUAAGAAGACUUGAUUUUACGGGAAAUUUGAUUGAAGAUAUAGAAGACGGUACUUUUUCAAAACUUUCUCUGUUAGAAGAACUUACACUCGCUGAAAAUCAACUCCUGAAACUUCCAGUUCUUCCUCCCAAGCUUACUUUAUUUAAUGCAAAAUACAACAAAAUCAAGAGUAGAGGAAUCAAAGCAAAUACAUUCAAAAGACUGAACAACCUCUCCUUCCUGUACUUGGACCACAACGCCCUGGAAUCUGUGCCUCUUAAUUUACCAGAAAGCCUACGUGUAAUUCAUCUUCAGUUUAACAACAUAACUUCAAUCACAGAUGAUACAUUCUGCAAGGCUAACGACACCCGGUACAUUCGGGACCGUAUUGAAGAGAUUCGCCUGGAGGGCAACCCCAUCAUCCUGGGGAAGCAUCCCAACAGCUUUAUCUGCUUGAAAAGAUUGCCUGUAGGGUCAUACUUCUAGCCACUAUCAGAGCAGCGUAUGAGCAAAAGUGCACACAUGCACACAAUCUGUCUCCACAUGCCUAAAGGAGCAUAAAUAUUUAACACUAACUUCGUGUCCCACGAUGAAGGAAUUUUAUGUUGUAAACAAAGAUGUUCACAAAUCUUACACCUAAUAAGCAAAAUGUAAAACUGAAUCCUCAAGUUCAAAACAAAGUCAUGGGAAAAUGUUUAGGCAGCAUUACAAAAUCUUUAGUUUACACCAUGGUGCCAUUUAAAAGGUAUCUUUUUAGAACAAUACCCCAAUUUAAAAGCACUAUUUCCAUACUAAUGAUGGGAAAGGAUAAGUCCAAGAGACGUUUUCUACUGCUGGUCUUCCCCGGCCUGUACCGGACCCUCCAGCACUUACAGAAGAUGCUCCCAAAACUUUGAAAAGCUGCUAGUUAUCUCCCAUUUUUCUUUUAUGAUUCAUACAUUUAUCAUUAUGAAGUAGGAAUUUGUUCUUUCUAUUAAGACAGUUAUUAUAUGUUUACUUAGCCUGAGAAAAAGCGUACAACCUCAUAUCUAGGCAAAACUUUCCAAAUAAAGCAUAAUUUCACUCUCUGAUAAUGACCUAAUAGAGUAACAUUCAAAGUUAUUUUGCUUUGUGGUUGCAAAGUUAAAGGCUUUAGUAAAAUAGUACAAACUUUUCUUUUCUCUAAAUAUUAAAAUUCUAAGUCUACCAUAAAACAUUUGAAGGAGUCAAGCAGACCGAAAUCAGUAUACUCAUAAAAAACUGGUCUGUCCCAUCUCUCAGAAAAUACCUAUAAAGUCCUCCAUUGUAAAGGCUUUCAAAUAUGAUAGAUAUGGCGAAAUAUUUUCUUUUUACCACCAUAGGAAUGAGAAUCUCAUCAAUAAAUCUGUCCAAAUGUAGGACAUGAAAACAGUGAAUUGAGUGCUAUUACUGACACUAGCUUCCCCCCAACCCGUAUGCAUCACACUCAGGCCGACUGCCCAUCCAAUCACAGGGAAGCUUCUGAGUGACAUUUCCUACAAACCUAUGAUUAACUGAACAGUGUGAGUCCAUUAACAGUGAUGACUUAGGAGGAAACAAUGCUGCCACAUUAAAGAUCCUAAAAUAACUUUUCUCUUGCCCAAAGCCCACUCAGAAGUCUUAGCCUCCAUAUCGCAUUGAUAUUACAUCCAAAAUGAUCAAUCCUUUAGACACACGAGUCUGAACUGUUCAUAUGAAAAUGUCUAAUGCUGUCUCCAACAUAAAUAAUGCAUUAGAAUCAAGUUGUCUCCACACACCAGUCCCCGAAAUAGUUAUUCAUAUUUUUAAGCAUUUGCUUCUGUUUCUUCCUACACAGAAUGAGCUCCAUUUUUUCAAUUUUUCCCCCAUUUUGUCAAAGUUGACCCCAAGAUAAGUUUUAAUUAGAACAUCUGUGAUCUCUUAAGGCCACAACAAUUAGUUCUACACCACUUACUAACUCACUUGCUUAUUUUAUUUUGGUAACUGGUAAUCAUAACAAUAUAUUGUAUUCUCAUUAUUUUGUGUGCAUGCCUCAUUUCUCUGUGACCGAAAGUUCAUGGAAUUCAUCCAAUAUUCCCUUUAUAUCUUCAAAGUGCUUACCCUAAUAUUGAGCACAUCUGAACUGAAUAUACAAUGAAAAGUACAAAAUAAAAUUUAUUUGAACAGA